AUGGGAUCCAGCAGCACCGGCACCGGCGCCGGCGCCCCCGGGGGCUGGCGAAGGCUCAGCGUGGGCGUCAUCGGCGGCGGCAUAGGCGGCAUGUCGGCCGCCAUUGCGCUCCGCCGCGCAGGCCACCGGGUGACGGUGUACGAAAAGUCCGACUACGCCGGGGAGGUCGGGGCGUCGGUGUCGUGCGCGGCCAACGGCACGCGCUGGCUGCACGAGUGGCAGGUGGACGUGGCCAAGGGCGAUCCCGUCGUGCUCACGAAGCUGAUCAACCGGGACUGGAGGACGGGCGAGCCCGUGAGCGUCUACGACCUGGCCGACUACGAGGAGCGAUGGGGCCACGUCUACAACAUGUUUCACCGGCAGCACAUGCACGCCAUGCUCAAGGAGAGCGCGGUGGGGGAGGACGGCGCGGGCACGCCGGCCGAGCUCGUGGUCAAUCACAAGUGUACACACGUGAACGCGGACACGGGCACGAUCACGUUUGCGCACGGCCGCACGGCGCGUCACGACGUGGUCGUCGGCGCGGACGGCAUCGGCUCGGCGGUCCGCGGCGCCGUGGGCAUCCGGCCGGAGAAGCGGCCCUCGGAGCAGAGCUGCCUCCACGCCAACGUCACGACCGCCGAGGCCGUGCGGCUCGGCCUCGUCGACUACUCGCAGCACCGGGCGCUCGAGUACUGGGGCGGCCAGGAGGGCAAGUGGGACAAGAUUGUGCUCUCGCCCUGCAACGACGGCAAGCUCCUGUCGUACUACUGCUUCUUCCCGCGCGAGCAGGGAGACUACGCCGCCCACGCCUGGGGGGGCGCCGACCGCCCCGUCGGCGAGCUGCUGACGCCGUACCCGGACCUGGAUCGCCAAGUCUUCAGGCACCUCGAGAUCGGGAGGGAGAUUCGCCCCUGGAGGCUGUGGAUCCACGAGCCCUACCCGUACCUUCACAGGCGCAGCGUGUGCCUCUUGGGGGACGCCGGCCAUCCCAUGAUGCCCCACCAGAGCCAGGGCGCCUGCAUGGCCAUCGAGGACGCCGCCGCCCUGGGCAUCUUGUUUGACGAGAACCACUUCGGGGGCAGCGUCGCCGAGGCCCUCGAGGUUUACGAUGCCGUGAGGCUGCCGAGGGUGACGAGGGUGCAGGCCGCUGCCGCAAAGGCCGCGUACAACAUCAACGAGAGGAUCGGUACGUUUGUUUCUCUGCCAAGGGGGAAAAAGGUCUCCUCGGCCUACGCCCCCAUCUUGGUCCUGGCUCUGGCGGCGCAACUAAUCCCCGGGGGUCCAGGCUUCUCGGUGAACAAGUCUACCGCGACGUACAAGGUGGAGGACCCCAAGAACAUCUUGACCAUUGAGGAGAUGAACGCUUACGACAUGUACAAGGACAUUGAGCAGCACCUUGCGCAAAGGAGGGGGCAGGCGUAUACGGAAAAGUUCCUCAACGGGCUGCCCCUAGGGCUGGAGCUGCCGAGCGGUGUUGUCGGGGCAUGA